GUUGAGUGGAAGCUGUAUGUUUGUUUUAAUCUUUUUAACCUUUGGGGACUUGAUUUGAGUCGUCGUUAACGGGGUCAUUUAGGAAACAUGGGAUCUUCCGGCCUACGUUGCUGGGUAUGGUGAAGAAGAACCAGGGCGAAACGGUUCGGAAGUCUACUUCUGAUGCCUUUGCUACUGCGCUUGCUGGUCAAGAUGCUGGGUUUCCCAAAACAGCCUUGGAGAAUCUGGUGAAACCGCUUCGUGGUGUGGGUGUUGCUACCGCGUCGCUGCUUUUGUCUGUUGGGACGAGCUGUGGGCCUGGGCGUGAGGAGCCGUUUUACAGCGACGACUCGUAUCUCUGGGUGUGUAUGAGGGAGUUCCCGCGUCCGAGGACCCAGCUCGGUCAGGACAGUGAGGAGUGCGAGAAGCGGGAGGUGAGGAAGAGGGCGGCCAAGUUCAGGCGGCCGAAUGGGGAGCUCAAUGUUAAAUAUGACCUUGCGGAGUAUAAGAUGUUGUGGACUGCUGUGACUGACUUGCGGACCCGGCUGAAUGGAUCUGGAGCUGGGGAGGAGGCUGUUUCUUGUGCGGAUGUCGAGAAGGUGGCUUAUGUCCUAAGGUAUAUUGACGUCUCCGGGUAUCUGGAGGAACAUGAGCUGGAAAAUCAGGGAUUGAUUCCGGCGGAUGAGGACGUGCGUGAGGCUAAGGCGAAUCCUAACAUCAAGAGGAAGCGCUAUGAGGGGGAGAAAGUGAAGGGGGAGUGGGAUGUUAAGAAGAAGAAGACUUGAUUUGUCUCGUAACUGUUCACAGUGAUAUCCAAUUGUACUU